CCACGGCCGGCCUCCACGGCGCAGCACAGGCACAGUGCUCAGCUUAAUCAAGACAAUAUCGAUCAAGUUCUAUUGACUUUAUUAUUUGAUACAUUGCAAUUAAUUAGGCUCUGUGGAAAAUACAUGAACAUUCAACAUGCAUUGUGGAGAACAAAGUUUCCUUGACUUACUUCUCAGUACCAGAAAAUUAGACAGAGAUAAAGGACUUGAAGAAUUGCAAACGAAGCUUCAGCGGAGCAGCGCCAGUGACCAAGCCGAGAUCGCUGGCGUCGAGAGUACGCUCUUGUCUGCUCUGAAGGAUUCUCAUUCCAGUUGGGAGGCUAAACAUGGCGCUUUAAUGGGAGCCAAAGUUCUUAGUGGGUUUGAUGGAACCUCAAAGCCUUUUUUGAAAGAAAUGCAGAACUGUGCAAUGCAUUUCCUGAGUGAUAAUGAAGCCCGUGUUAGGAUUGCAGCAGGUGAAUUGCUUGGAUCAUUGAGCAAAUGGCUCGGGUGUGAAGUUUAUCUGCAGUGUCAGGGUGCAAUACUCGAUGGAGUGAAGUCCAACCUAGAAAGAGCCCCUCUUAGUGAUUCCUCUCAUGAAGAAUUAGUCCAAGUUGGUCAUCUGGUGGAGAAGCUUGGUGGAGGGGCAAGUCCAGAUCAUUCUCACAGCAGUAAUGCAGAUAAGAUAUUUCAUGACACUGCAGGAUGGAAGAAUCUGGAAACUUGGAUGAGAUGUUUGCAGUCUGUGAUCGAAGGAUGUGGGUCAAACUUUCUCCCAUUCAUCGAUCAGGACCUACUCGACCUCAUCUUUCAAUCUCUUACCCACACCAAUCGUUUUGUAAGAGAAACAGGAUACUAUGUCUGUGCCACUCUCGUCAGCUGCGGUACUUCUCAAGAUGAAGGUGAAGAAAUGGAGCUGAGUGAAGGAAAUGCCAUUAAUACCAUCCUAGUCCAUGGUGACCAGCUGGCUUAUCACUUCGCCAAAGGAUUGGCUGACAAUUGGAGUCAGGUUCGUUUGGCCGCUUCUACUGCAACCAGACAGUUCCUGGUCAAUCUACCGAAUGCUGCGGCCCGUCAGCGGUUUUUCCCAGCAUUACUUCCUAGGAUGUGUCUCAACAGGUACUAUGUAGCAGAGGGUGUAAGGAUCUAUUCUCAGGAGACUUGGCGAUUGGUUACUGGUUUGCAUGGCAAAGAGCUGGUAGAGCAGCACAUUGGUGAUGUUGUUGAGUAUUAUAUUGAAGCAAGUGAUGCAGACAACCAUGCUGUAAGAGAAGCCGCAUGUGCAUGUAUUGCAGAGCUUGGUGCAAAGAUAGGGCAAGAUGUUGUACGUGGCCAUGUUCCUAGACUGCUAGACACUCUUCUAGUAUGCUUCAAAGAUGAUAGCUGGCCAGUCAGAGAUGCUGCGUGUGUUGCAUGUGGGAACUUCAUCAAAUGCUUUCCAGAAGAAUCAAGACAGAGCAUAGAUGCGCUUUAUCCCCUCUUCUAUGAGAACUUACAAGACAACAUUCCAUCUGUAAGACAAGGUGCAGCGGCAGCCCUGGCUAAUGUCACAAGAGCCUAUGGUGAAGCAGCUUCAAGCAUUCUUCUGGUAAAGGUUGCAGAAGGCUUGAAGGGUUUGCAGAACCAACCCAAGACAUCUGAAAGGUAUAGCGGUCUUGACAAAGGUCCAGCCACAUAUGGAUUGGUCAAACAGCUCAGAGAUAAUGACAUGGAUCUACAUUCAAAUCAACAGAUGUAUUCAUGUGGAUCUUUAGCUCCUAAGAUGGGUCGUGGUAGGGAGGGAGGCUGUAUGGAUCACAAAUUCAGAAGACCAUCAGAACCGUGGGAGAUGUGUGAUGGCUGUAUUCAUCUGCUAUCAGAGCUGUCUGCUAUUGAAUCCCUGGCAGCUGAAGUAGCAUCAUUACUCCCCCUUGUAGCAGAAGCAAGCAGAAAGCAGGAUUACCCACAACAUGUCUGUCUUCUAGAAACAGUUUGUAAACAGCUCCCUGUAUUUGGAAGAAACCUAGGGAAAAGACACUUUAAACCCCAUCUGGAAUCUUUCUUUGAUCCCAUAUUUGAAGCUUUGGGUUGUGACAAUGCAUUGACGAGUGCAGCAGCUAACCAGUGUCUUGAUGCAUUGGGUAACUUUCUUGGUGUUAACAUCCUCAGAGGAAGAAUAGAACAGUACAAUCCACAUUACCUGUCUAAAAUGAGAAUGGGAUUUCCUGGAAGGCCCUGAUAUCAGAAGACAGCAUCCCGCCAGUCAAAACCUGUUCUGUGCACCUAUACGUCAUGAUGAAAAAGAUGAUACAAGUGAUGCAAUCAAACUUUUGUAGCUUGCAGCCAAUCGGCUUGAUUUAUCACUGUAGCAAUGGUGCCAAGAAAUCACUAGCUUUCACCCAACAGACAUUGUAUUUUGUUACUCUUGCUGCUCUUGCUCAUAUUACAGAAUGAACAAAAUUUUAUUUGAAUUUCUAACCAAAUUUUCAGAAUGAAUGUAGAAUGAGUUAAUCUGCAAGGAGUCAAUGAUUGUGUGAUAUUGAAUGGUUCAGAAUGGGAUACGGGAUUAUGUUCCAUAAGAUUGGGCCAAUAUUGCAGGACGAGUGUGAUAAUGACCCUGAUGAGUGGAAUAUUAUUGUUAUUCCAUGCAAUACAGCCAUCCAAUAGCAUCGUUAAUCUCUACCCCAUAACAAAAGUGAAUGAGCAAAAUGUCACCUAUCAUACUCAUUUAAUAGGCCCCCACUAUAUAAGAUGAUUUUGAUCGUAGACUAUGCGACUUACAUGAAACUCUUUUGACAUCAUAUAGUAUCAUUUCGCAUUGCAUUCCAUUUAGUGCAUUUGUAUAUUCAUGGAGACUAUGUAACACAGUACCAUAUUGAACAGCAAGUUUUGAACAUGAGCAUGUGGGAUAUUUGCCAUAUUUUAGGGCUUUAAUAUGCUCUCAUAUUACAUGGGCAAAUCAUUCAAAUAUGCAUUUGUAAUGCAUUGUUUAAACACCCAUUUUAGAGACACAUUUUGUCGAUCUAACUCAGCACAAAAUAUGUCACAAUACCCAAGCUAGGGUUGAGCCAUAUGACUAGGGACCCUACUCUUCAUGCACUCUCUCCUCUGCAAAAUUUGUCAGUUUUAUAUUGCUCCUCUAUAAUAAAUUAUCAGUCUAUAAUCAAAUCCUUGAAGAAAACCCAAGGUGCAAGAUUGUGUAUGUGUGCAUCAUGCAUGGUGCAUAGCUGUGCUGUAUCAUACGUCACAAUUUCUUGGCAAGGAUAUGAAUAGUCUGAAAUCAGCAAACUGGUGUAUUAGUUGCUGCAAACAAUUAUUUCAAUUACACAUUAUACAGCUGCAGGUAAUAAUAUUUCUGUUGACUGGGAAUAAUUUUCAGGAGAUACCACACACUGAGUAUUACAUAUUUUCUGCAUUUAGUACUGAAAAAUGAAAAUACUUAUGGUGUCAUGCAAAUUAUUUAUUUCUCAAGUUUCAGUUUAUUUUUUUUCCUAAGCUACUUCUUUGAAAAUACUGAUUUCUGAACUAAAAUUUUGAUUUCCAGCUUUUAAACUACUGAAAGGUACUCAUUCAAGUUUGCAGCUCUGCAUUUGACCCAUAUUGCCCUUAUCAUGGCUAAGAUGAUAUUAGACUACUUUGAGAAAUAUAUAUGUUUAAAAAUAUAUCUCCCUAAAGCCAGUCAAUAUUAGUAUUUUAAUGAAUGUUUCAUACAACUAGCAUACAAUUAGUUUAAUUGCAUGCAGUGCCAAUAACAAUAAAUUCUUCAUUUGUACUUGGAACAUUUUCUCUGUAUCAGUAUACUAUCAGUGUCAUAUUAAGAAACUCUUAUUGUCAAAUCAAGAUUUUGAGCUUGAAAAUAUAUAUAUAUAUUGGUGACCAUGUAUAGAAAUGUCUGCAUUAUUGUAUCUGUCUGUAAGAUGUUUUGCAAAACAUUUGUAAUGGUCGGGAUACAAUGACAAAAGGAGGCUAAAAUAAAUUUGAAUUGUACGAAAUGGUGUAAGCUGCUGAAAUAGUGAUACUUGAUUGGUUGGGAGCACUCUGUCAUAGACAAUCUAGCAUUUGAUGUUGAUAAAAGGCUUUGUGAAACAGGGCCCCUAGUCCCUUAUAGUGUUGAAGAGACUUUAAAAAGAUGUUAAUUGAACUUGAUAUGUUAUGUACAAUAUGAUAUGUUAUGUACAAUGUGACAUGUAAUCUGUGGACAAUGCAAACCCAAAUCCAUGCACAUUUUCUAAAAUAUUGAAAAUUAUUGAAAAUAAACUUUGAUUUUCUAAUCAAAAAGUUGAAUCUAACUGCAACUCUUUCUGCAUCUGGCGCAGAAUAGUGAAAAGGGCACAGUUUGAUAUUGUUUUUUCUAUUUAUUAUUAGUUGUUUGUGUUUGUUUAUUGAUUAUAUAUAUUUUUUUCACCUAUUUCCUUUCUCUUAAUCACUUAGAGGCAAUUUGCACUUUGCGGAUAUAAAAGGAUUAUUUUUUUUUAUUAUAUCACUGCUUGCUAUGUAUGUGUGUUU